AAAAUCAGCGUCACAACCACAACGUCAACAUUAAACGUCAGUCUCGUGCGAUCUUGCUGAGUGUUUACAUCAUUUGUAGGUUAUUUUAAUUUUUUUAAAUCUCAUCACUUAUUUUUUAAUUAACCGUAGAUAAAAUUUAGCAAAAAUGAAAGUGGCAGCUGCAAUAGGUCUAGUAUUUUUAGGAUGCUGUACCAAUGUCAUAUUUCUCGAAUUGUUAGUUAAAGAAGAUCCUGGCAGUGGAAACCUCAUAACAUUUUCACAAUUUCUUUUAAUUUCAUUAGAAGGUUUUAUAUUCACAUCAAAAUUUGGAACUGUAAAACCUAGAAUAGGAAUUAAAGACUAUAUGAUAUUGGUAUUUAUGUUUUUUGUAACAAGUGUUUGUAAUAAUUAUGCAUUUGAUUUUAAUAUACCAAUGCCUCUUCAUAUGAUAUUUAGAGCGGGUUCAUUAAUAGCCAACAUGAUAAUGGGAAUAAUUAUUUUAAAAAAGAAAUACGUAUUCAGUAAAUACCUUUCAGUAUUUAUGAUAACUGUAGGAAUAAUAAUAUGUACAAUAGUAAGUGGUAAUGAAGUAAAAUCAACUCAAAAAAUAAUAAAAGAUGGAGUACCACCAACUCAAAUGGAAAUUUUAUUUUGGUGGAGCCUUGGAAUCGCCUUGUUGACCCUCGCCUUAUUUAUUUCUGCCAGAAUGGGAUUGUACCAAGAAGAACUGUACGCUAAAUACGGUAAACAUCCAUACGAAGCUCUUUACUACACCCACUUACUACCUCUUCCAUUUUUCUUGACACUGGGCUCAAAUAUUUGGGACCACACGCUACUGGCUCUCAAAUCAGAUCCAAUAUUAAUUCCAAUCCUCGGAAUUUACUCACCAAAGACUAUUGUCUACUUGAUUGGAAACGUUGUGACUCAAUUUAUGUGCAUCAGCUCAGUGUUUGUGCUGACAACGGAAUGCUCAUCAUUGACAGUAACAUUAGUCGUAACUUUACGUAAAUUUUUUUCUUUAUUAUUUUCUGUAGUUUAUUUCCAAAAUUCAUUCAGCAUUUACCAUUGGAUUGGUACAGGCUUAGUAUUUUUAGGAACUAUCAUUUUUACCGAAAUCGUGCCAAAAAUACGUCAAAGUAUUGCCGGGCCUAAGACCAAAAAGGUGCAAUAAACUUUUUAAAUGUAAAUAGACUAGUAAAUUUUAUUUUUUAAGUAAUUAGAAUGACGAUAAACUUGUAAAUGCAAUAAUUGAAUAUUUUUAUUGUGUAAAAAUAACAAGACAAUUUAUAUUAAAUGAAGCGACCUUAAAAGUAAUCAAGCUCUUAAUGAAUAAGCGUUAUCACUGUCGACCUUUACGCGCAUAUUACAAGUUUAAAACAAAAAAAUUUAUCAGCAAUAAAACUCCUGCAUAUUCAGUAAAUAAUAAACAGACUUAUUUAAAAGCUUGCUGUAGAUAUAAUUAUCAAGGGAAAGAAAAAUAAACUAAAUCAUGUGAAUGUA